AACGGGACUGUAUUUUCUGGUACACACGUCACAUUUUUACAGAUACGUGAUCCGACGUUGGUGAGGUGCAACGCCCAAAAUACAGUCCAUAAGACUUAUGUCAACCUUCCAGACAAGGUGUAGUGAACAGCUAUCAAUGAAAACAAAAUAGGUACACAUACAUUCCUAAACCGGGUUUUUAAACAGCAUUCACGAGUCACGAGUCAUACCAUGUACAGUACCAUUUUCACCGAUUUUCUCACGCACAGAUAAUACGUAGGAGGCAGCAGGGGUGGCGGUGGGGAUGCGCGCGCUCCGUCCACCACUGUGACCGGUCACCGAAUAGGCAGUCUGCCGCGCUCCGACCCGCGAGGUCGGGCGCGUGACCUCAUAGCACAAUCCCGCGCAGCGGGCCGCCCGAUAAAGCCAUUUUGUGCGAGGCCCAUGGCCUCAAACGAAAUAAGCAUUUAUCCUGCGACUCGCUGCUUCCAUAACAAUAAAAGCUGGUAUGUGGAAACGGGACUGUAUUUUCUGGUACACACGUCACAUUUUUACAGAUACGUGAUCCGACGUUGGUGAGGUGUGUAUCGAUAUGUUGAGUCGCCUAUAUCGAUAUGUUGUGGGUCGCCUUUUGUAUCGAUAUCAACGUGUGGGCCAAUAAAGGCGUGACGUGUCACUUGCUGGCACGGCACGGAGCACGAAACAUGGCGCAGCCUGUGGUGAACUUGUGGUUUUGAUUUCUUAUUUUUGGUGGGGUAAAAGCAACUUGAAGAAGUGUAAGAAAGCGAGAAGAAGCAAGACAACAUCAAGCAGUGAUGUCUGGAUUUACCCCACCAGAACAGUUUGAUUUUACUUCACCAGAGCAUUGGCCUCUGUGGCGCGACCGCUUCAGACGAUAUCGCCAGGCGUCAAAGCUAAAUCUCGAUGAGGAGGAAACCCAGGUCAGUGCACUUGUUUAUGCAAUGGGGCCAGAGGCUGAACAUAUUAUUUUGAGCAUAGCAGCUUUCCCUCACAACAAUUUUGAAGCUGCUGUGCGCUGUUUUGAUGGGUACUUUACCCCAAAGAGAAAUGUGAUUGCUGAGAGGCAUGCUUUUGAGAUUAGAACACAAGGCGCUUCCGAGUCGAACGAAAGCUACAUUAGAGCAGUGCAUUGCCUUGCCGAACACUGCCAGUUUGCUGACAAAAAUGAAAGGAUCAGAGACCGUCUGAUAGCAGGAAUGAAAGAUAAAAAUAUGUCCAAGCAGAUUCAGUUACGAGCUCUGGAUUCAGAUGUGACUCUUGAAGUUGUGGUGCAGAUGCUUCGUAAUCAUGAACUCGUGCAUGACCCGAGUACCACAGACAAUGUGAACAGGAUUGAAAGCAGAGCGAGAUACAAGCCAGCACCACAUCAAGCAAGACGCCCAAGCCAGCCUGGACCAGCUGUUGGACGAAGCCAGAGCCAGCCAGAUCCAGCCUCGUCCAGACCAAGAUCAGGUCGUGGACGAGCAGGCAGAGGAUCAGUACUCUCCACAACAUGCAGGUAUUGUGGAAGGAGGAGGCAUACCAGUCCGCAGCAAUGUCCAGCCCUGGGGAAAACCUGUUUCAAGUGUGGUGGCAGGGACCACUUUGCAAAUGUUUGCUCGGGUUCAAGCCAUAGAGUUCAGAGUGUCCAAUGUGCCCCAGAUACUGAACAUGAUGAGGACCAGGAGGAAGGUUAUUUUCUUGGGGUGGUUGAAGGGCACAAGAGCAAGGACUGGACAGUUUCUGUUGAGGUUGGUCAAAGCCAAGUCAGUUUCAAAGUGGACUCUGGUGCAGAUGUUAACGUCAUGUCUCUCCAGCAGUAUGAGCAGAUGGUGCAGAAGCCAGACCUGCUGCCCACCUCAAGACAGCUGACCAGUGUUGGUGGUGCCCUUGAUGUCCUGGGAGUAUUCAGUGCAACCAUCAAGUACAAGCAGGUGAGCCUUGAGAAUGAACAUUUCUAUGUUCUGGACACUUCUCAGAAUCUGUUGUCACGCUCCACUGGAGAGAGGCUCGGAGUGAUUGAAUUCACUGGAGAGGUGAGACUGUCUCAGAAUGUGUUUGGUCCAACUGGUUUGAUGAACACAUCACCAAUCAAAAUCAGGCUUGUUGAUGAUGCCGUACCCUCUGCUGUGCAUACUGCUCGUAAUGUGCCAUUCCCACUGCUGAAGUCGGUGAAACAGGAACUGGAGAGAAUGGAAGAUGCUGGAAUCAUCAGGUCAGUCUCAGAACCCACUGACUGGUGUGCACCUAUGGUGCCCGUUCCCAAGGGUGGUGGUUCAGUCCGCAUCACGGUCGAUUACAAGAACCUGAACAAGUGUGUGAAGAGAGAGAUCCACCCUAUCCCCACCGUGGAACAAUUGACAGCUGAACUUGCAGGUUCGAGCAUCUACAGCAAGCUGGAUGCCAGCUCGGGGUUCUACCAGCUCCCACUGGACAGGGAGUCACAGCUACUGACCACUUUCCUCACCCCAUUUGGCAGGAAGGCAUUCCAGCGGCUUCCAAUGGGGAUAAACCUGGCGCCUGAAUGUUUUCAGAAAAAAAUGCAGGAAAUGCUGGCUGGUCUCGAUGGUGUACUGAUAUACAUGGAUGACAUUGUUGUGUACGGUGACAGUGUGACGCACGACGAGCGUCUGCAGGCAGUUCUCCAGCGGAUCGAGUCAUCCGGGCUGAAGCUGAACAAAGCGAAGUGCGAGUUCAAGAAGGACAGCAUCAUCUUCUUGGGCCAGAAGAUCAGCAGCAGAGGAGUGGAACCGGAUCCUGCCAAGCUCGCAGCAGUGAGGGAACUGCAGGCGCCACAGAACGAGCAGGAACUGAGGAGCCUACUUGGAACCGUCAACUAUCUGGACUCUUCAUGGCUGGAUGGAGGGUCCAAGGGCCCUGCAGGACUACUUCAGCGUCCGGCAUGACCUGAGUGUGGUGCACCUGUCGUCAGGCCCUCUGCUCCUGUACCGCAACCGUCUCGUCAUCCCUUCGAGUAUCAGAACCUGUCCACCGAGUACGGUUUCCGGCAUCGGAUAACCGACCCUCACACGCCGUCUUCGAACGGCGCCGCUGAGCGCGCCGUAAGGACGGCUAAGUGGCUCCUCCGCCAGCGGGACCCGCAUCUGGCGCUGCUCAACUACCGCGCUACGCCGGUGGAGGCGACAGGCCAGUCGCCUGCUCGUCUGCUCUUUGGACGCGAGAUCCAGACUCGGCUUCCGCGUCCGCGGGUCGUCGAGUGUCAGGACUCUACACUCGACGCCGCGAGGAGGAGAGAUGGCGAGAGGAAGGAGCUUCAACGAAGGAGCUUCAACAAGCAUCACGGAGCUCGCGACUUGCCGCCGUUGCGGCCUGGGGAUGUAGUGCGAAUGCGAACAAGGAUCGAACCGGACUGGAGCGAGCGAGUGACAGUGCGUGAGCGGAUCGGGCGACGAAGUUAUGUGGUAGAUAACAAUCGUCAUACAGUGAGGCGCAAUCGAGGCGCCCUGCGCCUGUCACCGGGGAUCGAGCCUCCCACGGGCUCGUCGGACCUCCCGGUGCCCUUGUCGGUGCGGCCGUCGCCGGGCGUGCCUGUUGGUGUUUCAGUGCGGCCGAGCCCGACUGUCUCGAUGCCGCGGCCGGCUAUCUCUCCGCCGGGUCAGACGCCGGAGCCCUGUCCUUCCGCAGCGGCGAGUCCGAGCAGGACCCGCAGCGGCCGGCUGUACGGGUCGCGUUCGUGAUCCC